AUGAUUUUAAAAAAAAGCAAGCUGCUUGCACUCUCCCUCCUAUUGGCAUUUGUGGAUUAUCUAUGCCGAGAUGGGCGACGGAAGUGGAUCAGUCUGCUCAGCAGCUGGGAAGCCGCCUCAUAUGAUGGAAGCGACGUGAUUCUGAGUCAGAGCAGGGGGGGAAAGAAUGCCCACAUAUUUUCUCGAAAGAGUGACCUCCAGUUUGCAAAAGGUUAUGAGCAAGUCAGACAGAAGGAGAGGAGCGGGAGUAGCGAGAGAAGCGGGAGUAGCGGAAGAAGCCAGAGAAGCGGGAGAAGCACCCUAGUGUGCAUCCUGCCCAGUGGUAUGCCCCGCUUCAGAACGCUGCACGAGAAGGUAGAAGCAGAAAAGGAGCCUCUUAUCAUGGAAAAGACCGAAAAUGACGUAAACGUCCUCGGAAACGCAGAUCAUGAAAACAAUAAAGAUGAACCUGGGCAAUCACAGCUAAAAGCACAACCAGCCACACAGGGAGAAUUACCACAACAAACCGUAGCAACGAAAGUAAGUCCACUCAUCGAAAAAAAUACAAUCGAUCAUUAUCUAAACGUAUGUUCACAAAUAAGGAACAAAACCUUCUCUUUUAAAAAUUGUGAAAUCUUUUACGAGUCACCAGAAGUUACACUGUACAAAAACCUCUUAGAGGAUAAAAGCGAAACAAGGUAUGACCUCAUAGGUUAUGGAACGCUCAAUGAUGUAUCUCUGUACGGAGCUAGCCAGGCAUUGAACGACAUCAACAUUGUCAAGCAGUGGAACAAAAACAUAUACAAAAUUAAUUACCUCAAAUUGAAUAAGAAAUCCAUACUGGAGAAAUUUCAAAAGGAUGAAAAAAUAGACGCCUCUAAAUACAUUCUCCAUAAUGAACACCUUAGGGAAAAUAGAAGAUACAUAUACCUAAUUAAUGGACUUCCUUGGCCAUUCAGAAGCCACGAUACAAUAUAUGAGUUUUAUCAGAAAUACUUAGAGGAUCAAAACAUGCUCCUUGUGGCAAAUAAAUCUGUUAAUAAUGUGUUUUUCGAUAAUAGCUACUACACACGUAUACGUGAUUAUGAAAACUUUUUCUGUAUUUAUCCCAAGA